GCCCAUUCAUAAUUCAUAAACCUCAUUAGCUUUCACUGUAAAAUCACCUUUUUUCCAUAUCCCUCCUCACCGCAAUGGCGUCGAUCGGCGCGUCGGGUCUCGCUUUAUCCGUUAGCCAUUCCCAUCGCCGGCGUGUUAAGCCCUCGGCAACGGCCUCCGUGCCCGCUGCCCGUUCCCUUCCACCGGUCUCAGUCAAAUCCAACCGAACUGCUUUAUCCUCAUCCUCUCAAAACCCUGAACCCUCGUUUUCCACGCAUAAGCCAAAUCCUUCCAUUUUGUCCUCCAAACUGUUUAAUAGUCUCUUAAAAGCAUCCUUCGUACUCGGCUCUGGCCUCUUCUUACUUCCCAGCGGGUUGCCUAAGCAUCUUUUCAAUCUUGGCGGCGGCGGCGGCGGCUCCAGCGGAGGAGGCGGCGGCGGCGGCGGCGGAGGUGGAGGAGGAAGUGGUGGCGGUGAAGGUGGUAAUUUAUGGUCUAAGAUUUUCUGUCCCUCGGCCAAUGCGGGAGAGGAAGAGUCGCAAGAGUGGGACAACCACGGCUUGCCGUCCGACAUUGUGGUCCAGCUAACCAAGCUCAGUGGAUUCAAGAGGUAUAAAGUAUCCGACAUCAUCUUCUAUGAUCGGAAACGCGGCUAUAGUUUCGGGAGUGAGGAUUCGUUCUUCGAGAUGGUGUCGCUCCGGCCAGGUGGGGUCUAUACCAAGGCUCAGCUCGAGAAGGAGCUCGAAACCCUAGCUUCCAGCGGAAUGUUCGAGAAAGUUGAUUUGGAGGGGAAAACGAAAUCGGACGGGACCGUUGUUAUCACUUUCCCCUUCUAUGAGAGCACCUGGAGGUCUGCCGAAUCUUUCCGGUGCAUCAAUGUGGGGUUGAUGCCGCCGGAAAAGCCAAUUGAGACGGAUCCGGACUUGACAAUGAAGGAGAUGGAGGAGUAUUAUAGUUUACAGGCGAGCCAAUACCAGACAAGAAUUAAGAAGUCCAGGGCGUGCCUGCUGCCAGGGAAUGUGCAAAAUGAAAUUUUGAAUAUGAUGAGAGGGCGUGUAAGCGCAAGAAUGCUUCAGAGAAUUAGGGACAAGGUGCAACAAUGGUACCACGAAAAUGGGUAUGCCUGUGCACAAGUUGUGAACUUUGGUAACUUGAACACAGACGAGGUGGUUUGCGAAGUGGUGGAGGGUGAUAUCACUCAGCUCGCCAUUCAGUUCCUGGACAAGCUUGGAAAUGUAUGCGAAGGGAACACUCGGCUUGCUGUAGUGAGGAGAGAAAUACCUAAACAGCUUCGUCAAGGACAAGUUUUCAACAUCGAAGUGGGGAAACAGGCUUUGAGGAACAUUAAUUCUCUUGCUCUCUUCUCUAAUAUUGAAGUCAACCCGCGCCCGGAUGAAAAAAAUGAGGGUGGAAUUGUUGUGGAAAUUAAGCUGAAGGAAUUAGAACAGAAGUCUGCUGAAGUCAGUACAGAGUGGAGUAUUGUGCCUGGACGUGGAGGUCGUCCUACAUUGGCUUCAUUUCAACCUGGUGGAACUGUUUCCUUUGAGCAUCGGAAUAUUAAAGGGUUAAAUAGAUCCUUGCUUGGUACAGUGACUACCAGCAACUUCUUCAACCCUCAGGAUGAUCUUGCAUUUAAGCUAGAGUACGUGCAUCCAUAUUUAGAUGGUGUAACUAACCCUCGUAAUCGUACGUUCCGCACUAGCUGCUUCAACAGCAGAAAAUUGAGUCCAGUCUUCACAGGUGGGCCAGGAGUGGAUGAAGUUCCUCCUAUUUGGGUGGACCGAACUGGAGUUAAAGCCAACAUUACAGAGAACUUCACACGUCAAAGCAAGUUCACUUAUGGACUUGUGAUGGAGGAAAUUACAACUCGUGAUGAAAGCAGCCAUAUUUCUGCUCGUGGCCAGAGGGUAUUGCCAAGUGGAGGAAUUAGUGCAGAUGGACCUCCAACAACUCUCAGUGACACUGGCAUUGACAGGAUGGCAUUCCUGCAGGCAAACAUCACUCGUGAUAACACCAAGUUCAUAAAUGGAGCAAUAGUGGGCGAGAGGAAUGUAUUCCAGCUUGACCAAGGACUUGGGAUCGGAAGCAAGUUUCCUUUCUUCAACCGCCACCAGUUGACAUUGACCCGAUUUAUUCAGUUGAAGGAAGUGGAGGAAGGUGUUGGUAAGUCUCCACCACCCGUAUUAGUCCUUCAUGGACACUACGGCGGUUGUGUUGGAGAUCUUGCUAGCUAUGAUGCCUUCACACUCGGGGGACCAUAUUCAGUAAGGGGAUACAACAUGGGAGAGAUAGGUGCAGCCAGAAAUAUACUCGAGCUUGCUGCUGAGCUCCGGGUACCUGUGAGAAACACACACGUUUAUGCAUUUGCUGAACACGGAAAUGAUCUCGGUAGUUCAAAGGACGUGAAAGGGAACCCUACAGAGGUUUACAGGCGAAUGGGUCAUGGUUCCUCUUAUGGCGUUGGAGUGAAGCUCGGUCUAGUACGAGCAGAGUACGCCGUUGAUCAUAACUCUGGCACUGGCGCGGUAUUCUUUAGGUUUGGUGAAAGGUUUUGAGGAACA